GGCUCCGCACCGCGCUCGGGGGCGGAUCUACGGCGGGAGGGGGACGCGCGCCCUGCGGCCCUGCCUCAGGUCGGUCGCGCCACAGCUGCAGCCACCACCGCCACCACCGCCACUCCCAGACUCUGUAGGGGAGGAUGGAGUCGGUGGCCGUCGCUACCGACGGUGGGGACAGGUCGGGGGUCCCAGCAGGCUCAGGCCUGUCGGCUUCCCAGCGUCGGGCCGAACUGCGGCGGAGAAAGCUCCUCAUGAACUCGGAACAGCGCAUCAACCGGAUCAUGGGCUUUCACAGGCCCGCGGGCGGCGCGGAAGAAGAAAGUCAAACAAAAUCAAAGCAGCAGGACAGUGAUAAACUGAACUCCCUCAGCGUUCCUUCAGUUUCAAAGCGAGUAGUGCUGGGUGAUUCAGUCAGUACAGGAACGACUGACCAGCAGGGUGCUGUGGCUGAGGUAAAGGGGACCCAAGUGGGAGACAAACUGGACUCUUUCGUUAAACCACCCGAGUGCAAUAAUGAUGUCAACCUUGAGCUCCGGCAGCGGAACAGAGGGGACCUGACAGCAGACACCGGCCAGAGGGGUUCUCGCCAUGGCCUGGAACAGUACCUUUCCAGAUUUGAAGAAGCAAUGAAGCUAAGGAAACAGCUGAUUAGUGAGAAACCCAAUCAAGAAGAUGGAAGUACAACAGAAGAAUUUGAUUCUUUUCGAAUAUUUAGAUUGGUGGGAUGUGCACUUCUUGCUCUUGGAGUCAGAGCUUUUGUUUGCAAAUACUUGUCCAUAUUUGCUCCAUUUCUUACUUUACAACUUGCGUACAUGGGACUAUACAAGUAUUUUCCUAAGGUAAAUUAA